UGGGGGAGGGUUGGAGGGUGUGGCCAGGUGGAUCAGCCUGGGCAGGCGAACUCUUCCGAGGAUCCAACCCUCUGGCUCGGUAAAGCCGGGCGAAGCGCUGCAGCAGGGGCGGUGACGCGCGCCCGCAGCCGAGAAUGAGGCUCGCCGUCUGCACCCUGCUGUGCGCCGGGGCUCUGGGGCUGUGUCUGGCUGUCCCUGAGAAAACUGUGAGAUGGUGUGCUGUGUCAGAUCAUGAGGCCGCAAAGUGCUCUGGUUUCCAAGAAAAUAUGAAAAAAGUCUUUCCAGAAGAUGGUCCCAUUGUCACCUGUGUCAAGAGAACCUCUUACCUUGAAUGCAUCAGGGCCAUUGCAGUAAAGGAAGCUGAUGCUGUGACCCUUGAUGGAGGUUUGGUGUUUGAGGCGGGCCUGGCCCCCUACAACUUGAAGCCCAUCCUGGCGGAAUUCUAUGGAUCAAAAGACGAUGCACAAACCUACCAUUAUGUUGUUGCUGUGGUGAAGAAGGGCACCAACUUCCAGCUGAGCCAGCUCCAAGGCAAGAAGUCCUGUCACACGGGCCUGGGCUGGUCUGCUGGGUGGAACACCCCCAUCAGGACACUGCUUCCCUCUGGCUCUCUUGAAGCAGCAGCAGCGGCCAGGUUCUUCUCCAGCAACUGCGUCCCCUGUGCGGAUAAGAAGAAGUUCCCCAGCCUGUGUCAACUGUGCGCCGGGAAAGGGACAGACAAGUGUGCCUGCUCCUCCCGUGAACCGUACUUUGGCUACUCAGGCGCCUUCAAGUGUCUGAAGGACGGCGUGGGGGAUGUGUGCUUUGUGAGGCACCUGACUGUGUUUGAGAACCUGGCAGUCAAAGCUGACAGGGACCAGUAUGAGCUGCUCUGCCUAGACAAUACCCGGAAGCCAGUGGAUGAAUACAAGGACUGCCACUUGGCCAAGGUCCCUUCUCAUGCGGUUGUGGCUCGAAGUGUCGACGGCAAGGAGGACUUAAUCUGGGAGCUUCUCAACCGGGCCCAGGAACAUUUUGGAAAGGACAAGUCACCAGAAUUUCAGCUCUUUGGGUCUCCUCAUGGGAAAGAUCUGUUAUUUACUGAUGCUUCCCAUGGCUUGGUAAGGGUCCCACCUAGGAUGGAUGCCAAGCUGUACCUAGGAUAUGAGCAUUUUCCUGAAACUCAGCGUCUACACACAGAUUCCCAGAAGGUGCGGUGGUGCGCGGUGGGCCGUCAGGAGAAGGCCAAGUGUGACAACUGGAGUGUGGUGAGCGGUGGUGCCCUGGAGUGCACCACGGAGGAGACUCCUGAGGACUGCAUUGCUGCCAUCACGAUAGGAGAAGCUGAUGCUAUGAGCUUAGAUGGAGGAUUCAUCUACACGGCAGGCAAGUGUGGUUUGGUGCCUGUCCUGGCAGAGAACUAUGAGCCUACACAUGGUGGUGAGAAGCGUAGGUCUAGUUGUGUGAAUACACCCGUGGAAGGUUAUUUCGUUGUGGCUGUGGUUAAGAAAUCAGAGGCUGCUGUCACCUGGAACUCCCUUCGAGGCAAGAGGUCCUGCCACACUGCGGUUGGCACUUCGGCCGGCUGGAACAUCCCCAUGGGUGUAAUACACAAUCAAACCGGCUCCUGUAAAUUUGAUGAAUUCUUCAGUAGAGGCUGUGCCCCUGGGUCUAAUCCGGACUCCCCGCUCUGUGCUUUGUGUGGCGGUGGCAGCAGCCCCACAGACAUGUGUACUCCUAGCAGCCAUGAGCGGUACUACGGCUCCAGUGGGGCUUUCAGGUGUCUGGUGGAGAAGGGAGAUGUGGCCUUUGUGAGGCACAGCACAGUCCUUCAAAACACUGAUGGGAGGAACCACGAGGCCUGGGCCAAGAAUCUGAAGCAGAAUGACUUUGAAUUGUUGUGCCUCGAUGGCACCAGGAAGCCUGUGACUGAGGUCCAGAGCUGCCACUUGGCUGUGGUGCCAAAUCACGCUGUGGUCUCGAGGAAAGACAAUGCAGAUUUUGUUCGCAGAAUACUCUACAACCAACAGGAGCUCUUUGGAAGAAACGGAUUUGAAUAUGUGAUGUUCCAGCUGUUUGAAUCCUCACCCAAGGACCUGCUGUUCAGUGAUGACACGGAAUGUCUGGCUGACCUUCAGAACAAAACAACUUAUGAAAAAUACCUAGGGUCAGAGUAUCUUAUGGCUAUUGCUAACUUUAGACCAUGCUUAACCUCUGAACUUCUGGAUGCCUGCUCCUUCCACAGACAUUAGCUGAUGAAGUUGGGCAACCGCACAGACGCUGGGAGCCUCAAGCGGGGUGCACCCACCAGCUCACUGUCUUCAUGUAGAUCUGUGUUAGCACCAAUUAUCUUUGUAAUUCUGUGCUGUGACUGAUGGAGAAGAGAAUGAAUAAAAUUUAUUUUGUCUUCUCAGAAAACCUCAUUAAAUGUUUCCAAAGUUUUUGAAAAAAAACCCUAUUUUUAUACUAAAAUUGCACUUCCUCAUUGACUAUCUAUGAAAUUGGACCUUUCUUUUUUUUUUCAUUAAAUCAUAGCUGUGUACAUUAAUGCAAUCAUGGGUACAAUGUGCUGAUUUUUUUUUUUUUUUUUUUUUUGUAGAGACAGAGUCUCACUGCACCGCCCUCGGAUAGAGUGCCGUGGCGUCACAGGGCUCACAGCAACCCCCAACUCUUGGGCUUACGUGAUUCUCUUGCCUCAGCCUCCUGAGCAGCUGGGACUACAGGCGCCCGCCACAACACCCGGCUAUUUUUUUGUUGUUGUUGCAGUUUGGCCGGGGCUGGGUUUGAACCCGCCACCCUCAGCAUAUGGGGCCGGCGCCCUACUCACUGAGCCACAGGCGCCACCCACAAUGAGCUGAUUUUAUAUACAAUUUCAAAUAUUUUCAUUACACUGGUUAACAUAGCCUUCACAGCAUUUUCUUAGUUACUGUGUUAAGACAUUUGUAUUAACAUGUACCCUUGUAAGAUGCACCAUAGGUGUGGUCCCACCAAUUAGCUUUCAUAUGAAAGAUAUAACUUGGUUUCAUAGUAGGGCUGAGUACAUUGGAUACUUUUUCUUCCAUUCUUGAGAUACUUUGCUAAGAAGAAUACGUUCCAGCUCCAUCCAUUUAAACAUGAAAGAGGUAAAGUCUCCAUCUUUUUUAAGGCUACAUAAUAUUCCACGGUGUACAUAUACCACAAUUUAUUAAUCCAUUCAUGGGUCGAUGGGCACUUGGGCUUCUUUCAUGACUUAGCAAUUAUGAAUUGGGCUGCAAUAAACAUUCUGAUACAAAUAUC